AUGAGAACUAAUCAAGGUUCGAGCAAUGAUCUUCUGACUAGAAAUUUUUAAGGCAGAAGAGAUAUCGAUCUAUUGACCAGUAGCUCUCCAAAUGGAUGGAAGGAUCUCACUGUUUAAAAUAACUCAGGUUACGUUUCCAGAGAAAAAUAUAACAAACUCAAAGAUCUCAACUAAAAAUUAAAAGUAAUCUCACUAUUAAAUUCUAGGCUGCUUUAAAAGAGUAUAUUUAAGACACAAAAGAAAAAGACAGAUUAUUAUAAACAAGAGAUGAACAAUUAGUUAAAUUUGAGAAGGAAAGAGCAGAGUCCUAAAAUAAAGGCAAUGAAGAUCUCAAAACCCAAAUUAAUGAAUUAAAAAUUAAAUUGUAAAAGAAAAAGACUAAAAUCAGGUUACUUAAGGAUUCAUCAAAAACAAUCGAUUCUAGAUUGGAUGACUAAAAGUCCACCUUCUAAGUUGAUUUAGAUAGAGUAUCACGAAUUAAUGAUUCCUUGUAAGCUGAGAUGUAUCAAUUUUAAUUCAAUAUUUAGAAAAGAAUAUGACAAGAGAUAUUUGAUAUUGAAAGAUGAAAAUAGUAUUUUAAAAUAAGCAUUGUAAUCAAAAGAAGAUUAAUGCAAAUAUUUUGAAAUGGCAGCUUAAGAUGAUAGAUAAAAUAUACAACUAUUAGAAUCAAAGAUCAGAGAAUUAUAAGAAGAAAAAAAAAUCUUAUAAAUAGCAAUCGAUAGUUAAAUAUCUAAAAUUGAUGAAGCUGAAAAAUUUAUUAAACUAAAUGAUCAACGUCAUCAAUAAGAUAUUAAUAAAAUUGAAUUCGAAAAGUAAUAGUUAUUAAGCGAAUAUCUAACGUAAAUUAAUAGAAAAAAAGAAAAGACUAAAUCAUUAUUAAAUCAAAUCUAAUAAUUAGAAUCAUAAAUUACUCAAUUAUAAUAAGAAGAAUUGUCUUAUCAUAAGGUUAUUUAAGAUUAGAAACAUGAUUAUUUGAGGUUGUAAUCACAAUUGGAAGAUUAAAGGAAUAAGACUGAUUAAACUUUGAAAGAAGCUAACUUUUAAGUCCAAGAAGUUAUGGAAUUUAAAUAAAAGCUAGAAUCUUAAAAGUCUUUGCUUUAGGCCUAUGAGGAUAAAUUAGCUCAAUAUGAUGUUUAAUAUUAAUUAGAUUUAAAUGAAAAAUCACAGAUGCUGUUUGAUAUUCAGUAAUUUCAUCACGAGAAUAAGAAGUUAUAGCAUCUAUUAUAUGAAUCUGAUAAAGAAAUAGCUUACUUAAAACAAUAACACGAAGAAGUAUUAGAUUUAAUUAUCUCGAUAGGAUUUAUAUUAGAUUGAAAACAGAGUUUAAUCUUUAAUUCAUUAAUUGAAUGAGUUAAAAGAUGAAACUUCAGAAUAAAAAAAAAUAAUCUCAGAAUUAAAGAAGCAAAUAAUCUCUAGUGAUGAAUAAGCUAAUUCAUACAAAAACAAAUACCUUAAAGUUAAAUAAAAUUAAAAAACAUUAUAAUCAGAAUAAAAAUAUGUAUCUAAUACUUUGUAAUAUUUUAGUUAGAGGAAAAAGUAAAAUUGAUGGAAAGUGAAAGAGUUUUUGAUGAAAAAGAAGCCUUAAAAACUAAGGAUUAUGUCAUUUAAUAAAAAUAAGUUUAGCAAAGCAAAAUUAAAGUGCUUGAUGAAAUCUAAAAUAUGAUUAAAUAACAUAAAAAAAUCACUAGCUGA